AUGGGCACCCUAGAUAUCAUAGAUAUCAUCAUCAGCCAUGGCCCAUCAGGAGUGUCCAGACUGAGGCUGAUCCCUGGGUUGCUACCAUCAGAGGAGGCUGACUGGACCUUCAGUAAACUGCUAGCAGAGCUGCCCUGGUCUCAGAAGACCAACUUACGUGUUACAGGUGAGGCUUAUGAGGAGCCCAGGUUAACCUGCUGGUGGUUACCCUGCUGGUAUGGAGAAGUGCCUUACACGUACGCCCGCUCUACUAUGGACACCAACGCACAGUGGCACCUGUUGCUGGUCACCCUGCACUCCGCCGUAGAGAAGGCGAGCGACCACCGCUUCAAUUCUCUGCUGUGUAACCUACAGAACAGCAAGCACAGCAUAGUCUGGCACAGUGACGACGAGGCCACGUUGGUCACCCAGCCCAUAAUCGCCUCCUUCAGCCUGGGAGAUAAGAGGGCGUUCAGCCUCCGCAAGCAGCCCCCACCUGUAUGA